CCCUAAACCCUACUCGGUUCCGAGUGCCAAGCUUCUCAACUAAACCCCUCUUCCCACUCUCACUCCAUUUCCCUUUCUUCGGAUCACCAUGGCGUGUGUGAGAAGCAGGGCCAACCCACUCCUCGCCACUCUCCCUCACUUCCUUACAUGGCGAAACUUUGGGUUCCGCACUGUUUGCUGUGGACGUCUCGGCUUUUCUACUCAAUCCCAGCUCGAUCCUGACCCUCCCAUUGCUGGAACUAAGGUCCUGGACGUCUUCAAAGAAGAAUUUGAAAUAGGAUCACGGUUGAUAACUCUUGAAACUGGCAAGAUUGCUCGAUUCGCGAAUGGUGCUGCUGUCCUGGGUAUGGGCGAGACCAAGGUUUUGUCCACAGUUACCUCGGCUAAAGGAGAUACUGGUCGUGAUUUCUUACCCCUCACUGUUGAUUAUCAAGAAAAGCAGUUUGCCCAAGGCUUAAUUCCAAGCACGUACAUGCGGAGGGAAGGUGCCCCAAAGGAACGUGAACUUUUGUGUGGUCGCAUUAUUGACCGACCAAUUCGACCACUAUUUCCUGCUGGAUUUUAUCAUGAAGUUCAGGUAAUGGCAAGUGUUCUUUCUUCUGAUGGAAAUCAAGAUCCAGAUGUACUGGCAGCUAAUGCUUCAUCUGCUGCUCUUAUGUUAUCAGAUAUUCCUUGGGGCGGCCCCAUAGGAGUGGUUCGUAUUGGAAGGAUAAGCGGGCAGUUUGUUGUAAAUCCAACCAUGGAUGAGCUAAAUUUAAGUGAUCUAAACUUGGUGUAUGCCUGUACAAGGGACAAAACUCUGAUGAUUGAUGUGCAAGCUCGCGAAAUAUCUGAAAAAGAUCUAGAGGCUGGAUUAAGGCUGGCUCAUCCUGAGGCAGUUAAGUAUAUUGAGCCUCAAAUCAGACUAGCUGCUAAAGCUGGUAAAUCUAAGAAGGAAUACAGAUUGUCCAUGCUGUUAGACAAUACACUGGAGAAAGUCAGUAACUUGGCUGAAGCACCUAUUGAAGCUGUUUUUACUGAUCCUAAUUAUGGAAAGUUUGAACGUGGAGAGGCACUAGAUAAGAUCACACAAGAUGUAAGAAGAGUCCUUGAAGAAGAAUGUGAUGAAGAAAGCUUAAAAAUUUUGCCAAAGGUGGUAGACACAGUGAGGAAGAAGGUUGUUCGAAAAAGAAUUAUUGCAGAGGGAUUUAGAGUUGAUGGGCGACAGCUUGAUGAAGUUAGGCCUUUGUAUUGUGAAGCUGGAAAUUUACCUAUUUUGCAUGGAUCUGCACUUUUUUCUCGUGGAGACACGCAGGUCCUUUGCACAGUAACUCUUGGAGCACCUUCAGAUGCUCAACGCUUGGAUUCUUUAGUGGGCCCUCCAACAAAGCGAUUUAUGCUUCAUUACAGUUUUCCACCCUUCUGUACAAAUGAAGUUGGCAAACGUACUGGUUUGAACAGGCGUGAAGUUGGACAUGGAACUCUUGCUGAGAAAGCUCUUCUUGCUGUAUUGCCUCCUGAAGACGAUUUUCCAUAUACUGUUCGAGUCAACUCAGAAGUCAUGGCUUCCGAUGGUUCAACAUCAAUGGCAACAGUUUGUGGAGGUAGUAUGGCCCUAAUGGAUGCUGGCAUUCCAGUUCGUGAACAUGUUGCUGGUGUUUCUGUGGGUCUUGUUACUGAACUUGAUCCUGUCAGUGGCAAAAUAACAGAUUAUCGUAUAUUGACUGAUAUUUUGGGCUUGGAAGAUCAUUUGGGUGACAUUGACUUCAAGAUUGCGGGAACUCGAAAAGGAGUUACUGCUAUUCAGCUGGAUAUAAAACCUGCUGGAAUUCCUCUAGAUAUCAUAUGUGAAUGUUUGGAACCUGCCCGUAAAGCUCGUCUUCAGAUUAUUGACCACAUGAACCAGGAGAUUAAUGCACCUCACACUCAGAUUGAUCGAAACUCUCCACGACUAGCUACCUUAAAGUACAGCAAUGAUGUUCUUCGCAACCUGAUUGGGCCACUGGGUGCUGUUAAGAGUAAAAUUGAAGAGGAAACAGGUGCACGGAUGUCUGUAGGAGAUGGAACACUUACAAUAAUUGCUAAGAAUCAAUCCGUAAUGGAUAAAGUUCUGGAAAAGAUUGACUUCUUAGUUGGUCGGGAGAUUGAAGUUGGAGGCAUCUACAGAGGUGUUGUAACUUCUAUCAAAGAAUAUGGAGCAUUUGUGGAGUUCAAUGGUGGGCAGCAGGGCCUUCUCCAUAUUUCUGAAUUGUCACAUAAACCGGUUUCACGGGUUUCAGACGUGGUAUCUGUUGGCCAGCAGCUUUCCUUGUUGUGCAUAGGCCAGGAUGUUCGUGGCAACAUUAAAUUAUCCCUCAAAGCAACUCUGCCUUGUCCUGAAGGAAUGGAGACUAAUGAUGCCGCUGAAGAAUCUGUCCUGGACACAAAAGAAACACGCAACAUUUGGGCCCCAGUUGGGAAUGAGUAUGCUACUCAAGAGGAGCAACAUUCUGUUGAAUUGACCACUGGCAAACAUGAGGUGGGUGAGACAAAACCAUCAAUUUUAAUACGUAGUGCUGCAGAGUGUGAUGAGGAGGAAAAGUCUUUGAAUAAGUCUUCAAAGAAGAACCCCAAAUCUGGUAAUGGGUCUCAGCUAGGUCGCAAGUCAAAAUCUCUUAGGUCUCGUGAUGCAGUUCAUUCUACACCAAGUACAUCUCAUCUGGCUCAGGAUGUGAUUGAUUCUCUAUCAUCUCUUUCCAUUCCCUUUGCCCAUGAGAAAUCUAAGAAGUCCAAACCGUCAGUGCUGAACGAAGCUGGAGAUAAGGUGGUAACACCAAAAGCUAUGAAGAUUGGAACAAAAGUCGCUGCAAAAGUUGAUCAAAUUCGUGCACAUGGUCUGGUUUUGGAUUUGGGGGGAGGACUCCGAGGAAUGUAUAGGUUUGAGAAAGAUGGCAAAAGGGACUAUGAGAUAGGUGACCAACUACGAGUUGUGUGCUCUAGUUUUUCUACCAAGGGAAUUCCAGUGAUGUCUUCGGUGGAUGAUGAAUAACUUGUGAUUUUAACUUCCUGAGAAAGGAGCUGAACGCGAUUCUAAUGCUAGGAUGAUGUCUUCAAGGCUGUGUUUUCAACAGUGAAUUAAAUUUUCAUCGAUGGGCUGAAAGGCGUGCCUUGAACGCAUUCGAUUCAGAGGCUAUGGACAUGUAAAUUUUUGGGCUGCUAAGCCUAGUUUAACUUCUUGAGGCUACUGAUUGAUGGUACAUAAUAGCAGCUAUGGGGAUAAAGGGUCUUGGAGAUGCCUGAUGGCACUUGACCACCAUUUCAUGUCAGACAGUGGAUGUUCAUCUUUGUAAUUUGUAGGCGUCUAGUCGUUAUUGACCCAUAUUGGUUAUCUAAUUUUUUUUUGUUUCCCGAGGUAAGGACAGGACAAAUUACACAUGUACGGGGUAGUGUUGGUAAUUCUUUUUUAGGCCAAACUUCAUCAAUGGCGGACAGAUAUCCUAGCCAUCCAAAACCAGAAUUUUGGCUGGUCAGCAUUCUUCAGUUUUUUGGGGUCUUCUUCCUCAGUGGUUUGAAGAGCUUUACAAGAACAUAUGCAUUGUACUCAGUAUUGUGCUGGACCUUGAGCGCUGUGCAAUGCUGAAGCUUACACCAGCUAUUUCAAGAGAGGAUAGGUAGAUUCAGUUAUUUCAAUUGGAGAUUAAUAGCUGUUCAAGACGCAUUGUAGGAAGGUGAGUGGGUGUGUAGAAUUUAUAGGAAGUUGCAUCGUUUUAAUCAUGGAAUAUUACAGUUUAGUUCAGGCUCUGAACAUUGCGUGUGUUUACAUUUAAUAAACGUAAUAGCCAUUUGUACUGCGGUCUAA